CCCUUUCCCUAUCCUUAUCAGCCUCUCUCCAUGGACCCAAAUACGGAUCUACCGCCGAUGACCUCCGAUCACGUCGCCGACGCAUCUCCUCCGCCGUCUACUCAUGCGCACCCACCCUACGCCGAGAUGAUAACAGCUGCAAUUACUGCUCUAAAAGAUAAAGAUGGGUCGAGUAGACAAGCUAUAUCUAAAUACAUAGAGAAAGAGUACACUAAUUUACCACCGACUCACUCGGUCUUGUUGACUCACCACUUGAAACGUCUGAAGAACCAGGGUGAGCUCAUGAUGGUCAAACAUUCUUACAUGCUGCCUCCUAGAUCUGUUCCUUUUCAACCUCCUACAUCCACUGGUUACCAUCCUUCCCUUGAUUUUGGUGGUACUUCUAAUGUUACUGAUGCUACUGCUACUACUGCUGGUGUUAAUGCCGAAAAUUCGCUUGGUUUGUUAAAAAGAAAGCCGGGCCGUCCUCCAAAAUUGAGACCUGAUUCUGGGUUCGUGGUACAAGAUCCGCUGCCAAAUGUACGACCCUUUGAUGCUGAUGUCCCACCUUAUCAACCCCAGUUUCAAUACAACGUGGGUGUUGGCCAGGAUUUCCAAACUCAAACACAUUUAGCUCCUACUGGCCAAGAUCUUCACCUCCAUUAUGGUUCUGGUUCAGACUUUCAAGGAAAUUCUGGAGGGGGCGCUGAGCCUCUUUUUGCUUCACUAGGAUUGGGUGAUGAUGGUGUUGUGGUUCCAUCGCCUCCACCAACGGAGAACACGUCAGUGGUGGCGAAAAGGGGCCGUGGUCGUCCACCAAAGGUUGCUGGUUCUUGUGGGUUUGAUGUGGCUGGUCCUGGUGGUGAUAUUGCUGGUUCUGGUGGUGAAAUUCAGGCACGCAAGACAGGGUCUGGGCGUCCAGUAAGGAAGCCUAAAAUGAUGUCAGUUCUGAUGGGCACAAAUGGUGGUAGAGUCAAGAAGGGUCGUGGUAGACCAAAGAGAAUCGAUAUUGGACCUGUGACUGUGCCUUUAUCUGGGAAUGUGCUGAGGCCAAGAGGAAGGCCCAAGAGGGCUGUAGGCAGACCAAGUUUGAGACCUGCACAAAAUGUGGCUGUCAAUGGUGGCAUUAGCGAGAGUGGAUUGCCUUCAAGAAGGUCUGGUCGGCCUUCCUUAAGUGGUGGUGCCAAUAAUAAACUGACUGGAAAACCUGUGGGCAGGCCCAGCAAGAUUGGAUCUGGGACAGCAGUACUAGUGACAGAUCCACGACAGCUUGUAGUUUAUCAAGAAUUGAAGAGCAAAUAUGAGCUUCUACAAUCAAAAGUGAAGCAAGUGGCAAGCGUGGUGAAGCCGUGCAUAGAUCCCAACUACGGAAAUGCUGCAUUAGGGGCGUUACAAGAACUGGAAACUCUGGCUGGAGCAGACGCGAAUGCACCAUCACAUAUUCAAACCUAGGAACCAGCAGUGUUUCACUGAAAUUAGGACACUUGGCACCGCAGGUAGAUGUUUGCAUGAUCAUUUCAGCUAAAAACUUGGGUAAGUGAAGGACGAUCUCAAAAGGGAUCGAUCAAGACUCCAUGAACCAUUGCUUUUGGUAAUGUAUAAAUGUAGUCAUGAUGCUAACUAACACACACUUAGAUGGUUUCUAUCGACUCUUUGGUCUUGUACUUUAGUUGGUAUUUGUAGGAUUUGCCACUUGUAUGUUAUCCUUCUAUUUUAUGACUUAGUUUCAUGUUGCUCUCA